AAGAGAAAACAGACCGCGAGAGCCUGUUGGGAGCAAACACAGAGGCCUAAUAUGUGCCAGGUUUGAUUCACCGAGGUUUACCUGAGAGUCACCCCAACCUUUGGGCCGAGGAAGCCGGAAUGCACUCCGACUCGCAGAUGGCCAGACACACGGCUCAGACGCUGUCCCUGAACAGUCAGUAUAUCCCGCCUACGUAUGACUUCACCGGGUACCAUCACGUCGCAGGGGUCGGUGACCCGACAAGUGCCUGGAGCCCUAUGUAUGCUCCCCGGGAGGAGUAUCCGUACUGCUUCGCGGGGUCAAGCCCCAGCACCGGCCAGGUCAGUUUUUCCUCCCAGGAGCUAAGCGGCAUGCCCACCCCCGCUGGAGGGGGGUCGUUCAACCCGUACAACUUCAUUUCCGGGCAGGAGCCCCUAAGCUCCAGGAGGAGACCCCAGGAAUCAACAAGACCACCCGUUUCAGGAGGAAAGACUCGCACGAAAGACAAGUACAGAGUGGUGUACACCGAUCAACAACGUCUGGAGCUGGAGAAGGAGUUUCAGCACAACCGCUACAUCACCAUGAGGAGGAAGAGCGAGCUGUCAGUGGCACUGAGCCUCUCCGAGAGACAGGUGAAGAUCUGGUUUCAGAACCGACGUGCCAAAGAGAGGAAGAUAACCAGAAAGAAGUUGCAGCAUUCCCAGCAGGCCUCCACCACGACACCCACCCCACCUGUGCUGGGUGGACCCACUGACACCCUCAUCCCUGCCAGCCCCAGCAGCAACAUUUUGUCUGACACAGUACCAGAGGAAUACUAGCUGGAUGUCACACAGAAGACUGCCACUGAAAGAAAUAUGUACAUAGUUUUUUUUUUAAAGUUUACCACAGAAUGAAUAUGGACGAUUCACAUGAAGCUAAAAUGUUGCACUUCCUGCAUUUCGACAUAAUAAGCACAACAUAUCUGUAGCAUUGAUCAUUCAAAUGUGUUAAAAUGGACCGUCAUCAGCUAUAGUUAACUGAUUUUUACUUGAAAACUUGUCAUUUAUCAAACCUGUGCACAUCCUUUAAGAUGUCACAUCACAAUGAAAAAGCAUUUUCAGUAGUUUUUCUUUAUUUUAUUUUCAGAGAUUUUCAAAUUUGACUGAUUUUAGUCCAAAGCAAGGGACUAUUUGCAUCUGGUUGAUGAAUGAGAAAUAGAUUGUACCUUGGCAUGAUAAAAUCCAUCUCAAAAUUACACGAAAGCACUGAAAAAGAGUAUUCUACAUAUACCACAUCUCUCUAAGCAGCCCCACUUAUCACUUAAAGGAAGUUAAAGUGUUUUUUUUAUAACCACUGAAUUCAGAGGAAAUUGAUAAAGUUUUACUCUGAAAGAGAGACAGAAGAAAAUGCCGAAGAUGGUGUAGCACUUCACCAUUGCUUUAAUGUUGAACUGUUGAGUAUUAUCAUUUAAAGUAUAAACUAGAGAGAGUCAGGUUUGUGAAAGGAAGGCAGCUGUUUAUGGCGUAAUGGAAGGCUUGAUUGCAGAGAAAUGUUUAUAAAAAGAACAGGAAGUAGAAGCCAUGGGACUUUUACAUGAAACUACAAAUGUUGUCUUUUUGUAACUACUUUAAAACAGUCGUUGUGGCACUAAACACACACACAUUUUAAGUGAAAGUAUUUUAAAGCCUUUGUAGUCGUGUUGGCUAUUACCCUGUAAGUAUGAAGUGUUAAAAUGUGAAGAUAACAGUGCAUGUAAGAUGUCCAGUUUUAGACUGUUCCUGUUUGUGGCUCACAGAAGAGGAAGGAAAAAUGGCACAUGUAGCAAUGUAAAUUUAGCACGAGUCGGCGAGCACCACAAAAAAAGUUAUUCAAAAUAAACCACUGU